AUGGCCAAGACAAGCGAGGAGCUGAGGGCUGAGAUCGAAUCCACGAAUGCGCAGCUGCAAGCGGCACACGCUGCGAGGACACAGCUCCAGGCCGAGAUUGCUCAGGCGGUAGAGCGGCAGAGGCUGCGGCAAGAGCUCGAGGAACAGCAGCUGGAAUUGUCCGUCGCCAGGAGCACGAACCGCCAGAUGAGAGGAGAGCGAGACGAUAUCGACGCAGACAGGAGGGAUUGCAACGAUUUGUCCACAUGUCCUGCUGCCGCCGCUUGCAGCGGGAAGACCGGCAUCAACCGUGCACGCUGCACCGGUGUCGGCCCGCGGAUCGCAAAGGGCGAGUACGUGUGGGAACUCCAGCAGAUGUCUUGGCUCGACGUUACGCUUCAAUUUCGCCCAGAAGCACUUCGUCGCAUCAGCUCUCACAGUUUCGAAGUUGGUGGGUGCAGCUUCGAUUUUCUAUACCGCCCUGACAGAGGAGGGCUUCUCCUGACCACCAACAAGAACGGCUCGCUUGCCAUAAGGGUGGACUCAGAACAAGACAUCGCGUUUCGCUACAGCAUCUACAUCAAAAGGAGGGGUGGCGACUUCGUCCAGUGGGGUGAGACGACGGAUGCGAGGCAUCAUGGCAGUGAUGACCCUUCUUUCACGGUCCAUGGUCCUGACGUCCACCUCCGAGACUCGCCAAACGCUGCAGUGGGAAUCUUCGGUCUCACCCACAGUCAGCUCCUGCGAUCGGAGUGGGUGGAGGAUGAUACUUUGACCGUGAAGUUCGUGUUAGAAGUGCGGCCUGAUGUAUCUUAUCGAAUGCAGCAGUCUGUCACGCAGAUGCCAGCAGUGGAGAUUCCCGAAGCCACCAUGAUUCGGGACACGCAAGCCCUUUUUGAGGAAGGCACUUGCAGUGAUGUUCAGUUCCGAGUACAGGGUGAAACUAUCCAGGCGCACUCGCAGGUUCUUUCUGCGAGAUCGGAGGUUUUCAGGAAGCAGCUCUCGGCCGGCAUGCAGGAAUCCGUGACCAGAGUGAUCAACAUCGAGGACUGCGAGGUGAGCACUUUCAAGGCCUUCCUGCGGUUUCUCUACACCGACCUGCUGCCCAGCACUGAGCCUGUCGAGCCUGGAGCCAAGACAGAGGACGACACCGGCGCUCAGAUGCUGGCCUUGCUGGCCGUGAGUCACAAGUACCAGGCGACAAGGCUGCAGCUUUGGUGUGAAGCCCAGCUCUGCAACCAGCUCUGCACCUCGGAGGUUUGCGACAUUCUCUGCCAGGCUCAUGUCUUCGAGGCGAAGCAGCUGGAGAAAGCCUGCUACACUUACAUCAAGGACCACAUGGUCGAGGUGCUAAAGCUUCCCGCCUAUGCCGAACUCGUGACCAAGCGGCCGGACAUCGGGAUGAAGGUCAGCCUUUUCAUGGGUGAUGUUCCGGAGACCGACGCGGAGGAGAUACUGCAGGCUUCUAAGGUGCGGAGGCUGCAAGCCGGGAAGCAGCGGAUGUAG